AUGAGGUUCCUCUUCAUGAGAUCACUUCUGAUUCACCCGUGUCGUAGCUCAAUCAUCACUGUCCGAUCAACAACAACUUCUGCUCAAUAUGUGGCUUCAAGAUCAAGAGACCCUGUUUUCGAGAAGCUCAUGGACAAAUACAAGAACCUUCUUAAAGUCAUUGCCAUACAAGACCUUAUCUUGGCAAAUCCAACAGCUGAUCCUCCUUCUGUAUCCAUUGAGUUUCUCUCCAGGCUCUCUCAGAAGCUCCACCUUAACCGUGGAGCUGCUUCUUUCCUGCGAAAGUACCCUCACAUUUUCAAUGUCUUGUAUGAUCCUGUAAAGUCUCAACCUUUUUGCAGGUUAACUGAUGUAGCCAUGGAGAUUUCUCGUCAAGAAGCUUUGGCUAUCUCUGCUACUUUGUCUGUUGUUGUUGACCGGUUGGUUAGGCUCUUGUCAAUGUCUAUAUCUAAGUCAGUUCCGCUUCGUGCGGUUUAUAAGGUUUGGAGAGAACUUGGGCUCCCAGAUGAUUUUGAGGACACUGUGAUCUCAAAGAACCCUCAUGUUUUUACGCUUAGUGAUGGUCAUGAACCCAAUACCCAUAACUUAGAGCUGGUUCAAGAAGAAGAGAAAAGGCGGAAAUUUGAAGCCGCGGUUGAGAAAUGGAGGGUGGUUGAGUGUUCUAAGGAGAAUUGCAGUGUCGAUAGAACCGAAAUUCAGUUUAGUUUCAAACAUAGUUACCCACCAGGAAUGAGACUGAGCAAGAACUUUAAGGCUAAAGUUAAGGAAUGGCAGAAGCUGUCUUAUAUAGGGCCUUACGAGGACAUGGUUGGUAAUAGAAAGAACAAGUCCGGUGCGAUGGGAAUAGAGAAAAGAGCGGUUGCGAUUGCUCACGAGUUCCUGAGUCUGACUGUAGAGAAGAUGGUGGAGGUAGAAAAGAUCAGCCAUUUCAGAAAAUGUUUUGGGAUUGAUUUGAAUAUAAGAGAUUUGUUCUUGGAUCACCCGGGGAUGUUUUAUAUGUCAACGAAAGGGAAAAGACACACAGUGUUUCUUAGAGAGGCUUAUGAGAGAGGACGCUUGAUAGAUCCAAAUCCAGUUUACGACGCUAGGAGGAAGCUUCUUGAUCUUGUUCUCUUGGGACGCCAUGCUGCUUUAUCAGACUCAAGGAACACAGAUAUGUCUGAACAAGAAUGA